UUAAGGCCUCAUUCUUCAGUCAGAUUUUCCUUGUUCCCGCGUGUUCAGCCAGUUGUUUUUAAGUUUGUGUUUAAGGAGAAACUAACAAUGAAGACAGACUCGUUGACGGAGGAAAAGUUGGAAUGCAGCCUCUGGUGCUGUUUGAGCGAUCCCUCUCCCGGGCCAGGCCGCUGCUGUGUUCUGGAAAGGUCCAUUGUACCGUCGAGGCGGCAGGAAUCCUAUUCAUCUUCUUCACCAAUAUCGUUUGUGGACUCUGAUGAGCCAAAUCUGACAUCAGUUCUGGAACACCUAGAAGAUACCAAGAACAACCAUUCAAUGGCAAGACUCAAACUCAGGGAAUUAGAUAUGAUAGCCAAGGUCCUCUGGAUUCCCAGGCUCUGUCUGCUAGAUCACAUUUGCUUAGGUACUUUUAACUGACUAUGACUGGCAUAUAUAAUUUUAUAAUCCAUGUGUGACAACACUGCCUAUGUGGCUUUUUUCUUUCUUUCUUUCUUUUUUGGUAGCCUCAUUAAUGCAUUAAUGUUCUCUUGUCUGAAGUUGUAAGUUUCUAAGAAAACAAGGUAGCAAUGAGAAAUUGGACAAUGUCUGGAACUUCUUCCUCAGCCUUUACUGUUGUCAUUCUGCUAGGUAUCAGUUGUAGUGAUUGUACCCCAAGCCAUAGUAACUUUCUUAAACUAGAGGCUCCUGAAAAUAUUUUGAAGAGUAUUUUUUUAAAACUGUAAGCUGCAGUUGGGCAAUAACAAACAUUUUUAUUUCCUACUGGAUUGAUUACAGUAGUCAACAUUAUUGAUGUCUUCUAAGGGCUCUUUGACAUGCUUAUUUACUAAAAUGUGUUUUGUAGCUUCGUCAGCAAUUGAAGUGGUUGAUAUGUGAACUCUGCAGGUUAUAUAACCUUCCUAAGCACCUGGAUGUUGGGUAACAGUUAUGAUAUAGUAGAAAAGGAUACUGAGAGAAUGGGGGCAGACCUACCUUAAAUAGAGUGGGGAGGUGGCACUAAGCUAAAACGGCCAGGAUGAAAAGAAGUCAGAUAUAAAGAGUGGACAGAGGAUAUUAUCAAGCCAAGACACUGAAUGUGUAAAAUCCCAGAGGCAAGAGAGAGAGGGAUGUUUCUGAGGAUCUGAGAGCUCCAUGAACCAGCACAGGGGGUUGCAGGGUGUGGGGGUCAUGGUAUAAUCUAAGAGAGGCCGUCAGAGGCUCGAUCUUGCUGGCCUGGUAGGUCCUGAUAAAGAAUUUGGAUUUUACUUUAUUUGCAGUAGAAAGCUCAUAAUGGUUUUACCCCAGGGGAGUAAACAUAAUCUUAAGGAUGUUUUAAGAAGCCUAUGUUUGAGGCAAACAUUUUAUCCUUUGCUUUAACAUUUGUUCUCUCUCCUUCUAUAAUUUUUUUUUCUGAACAAUUUGAAUGUAAGUUACAUACAUCAUAACUAAAUACUUUGGCUUAUUUUUACUAAGAAUGGAAAUCUCAUAUAACUUUAGAACAAUUAUCAACUUCAUAAAUUUACAUGAACACAAUACUUUUAUCUGAUAUACCAUCUGUAUUCCAAUUUUUUUAGUUUGUCUAAUAGUGUUCUUUAUAGCAAUUUUACCCCUUCCAGGAUCCAAUCUGGGGUGAGAUAUUGCAUUUAAUCAUCAUGACUUUAGUAUCAUUUAAUCUGGAGCAUUCCAGAUUUUGUCUUUCAUUAUAUAAACAUUUUUGAAGAAUACAGUUUCUCCCCUCCAUGAUUAAAAACAAAUGUUCCUCAUUUUGUGUUUAUGUGCUGUUCCCUUGUGAUUAGAUUGGGAUUAUGUAUUCUUGGUAUAAAUUCUAUACAGGGAUGUUAUACCUUCUUUAGAAUAUCACAUCUGGAGGUACAUAAAGUCCACCUGUUCCUCAUCGGUGAUGUUCAUUUUGAUCACCUGAUCAAGGUAUUGCCUGAUUUCUCCAUUGUAUAAUUACUUUUUGUUUUCUCCCUUGCAGCUGGUUAACAGCCUGUGGGGGAACAUUUUAUGUCCAUGCCAGUAUCCUGCUGCUUUUCAGCACUAUUCCCUAGAUUGAGCAUGAUUAUUCUUGUCUGAUCCAGUCUUUACUAUGAAGAUGGCAAAGUGAUGGUUUUCUAAUUUCCCAUUUGCCUCUGUGUUUGCCAUUUAGUCCUUAGCAUAGACUAUAAACUGAGUUCUGGCUUCUCUCUCAUUUUUUUCUAUUAUUGGUUGGACUCAUGAGUUUCCAUAUUUUUUAAUGGUUUACAAUUUAUUACUUAAUUAUUUUUGAAGUUCAGUUGGUUUGGCUGGUGGGAUCCAUUUGAGCUGGUUCCUAUGUCCUUGUAUCAUGUUCCCAUCAUUUUUGUGGAGAGCGCUUCUUUAAUUUCCAGCAAAACAAGAUGCUGUAGGCUUAUCUUGAACCUAUAUGUCUGAUAUCAUUUGGACAAUUGUCCCCUCCAAAUCUCAUGUUGAAAUUUCACCCCCAGUGUUGCAGGCAGGGCCUAGUGGGAGGUGUCUGGAUCAUGAGGACAGAUCCCUCAUGAAUGGCUUGGUGCUGUCCUCACAGUAAUGAUUGAGUUUCCGCUCUUAGCACCUGUGAGAACUAACUGUUUAAAAGAGCCUGGCAUCUCUGUCCCCUCUCUCUUGCUUCUGCUCUCUUGUCAUGUGACCUUGGUACACGUGGGCUCCCCUUUGCCUUCUGCCAUGAGUGGAAGAUUCCUGAAACCCUCACCAGAUGCAGAUGCGGUGCUUCUUGU